CAGCACUUUGCCUCAACUCACAACGAUUCGCCACUUCAAUUCGAUACGACAAUUUUAACGAAAUUCGACCAAAAAUCGAGACGCGCGCGCUAAGUGCACCGCCGCUGCAAGUAGAACCGCAGUUUAGCAAUUCGUACAAGCAUAUAUAUGUACAUACGAGUAUAUUAGCAACGAAAUUCCUAAGUGAAUUUAUAUUCUCAAUUUUUCCCAACUCAGUGGAAAAAACGAUUUAUAAAUUCAUUGAAGAAGCGAUAAAGAAUUUUUGGAAACACCUAAUAACAAAUACUCAUUAAUUAACGCGAUCAAACGAUUUAACAAAUAUAAGCUAAAACGAUUCGAAACGUACAUUUAUUAAGUCAAAAAACAAAAACAACCGAAAUUAAUCCAAAAAAAUUUAAAUUAAAGAAAAUUUUCUCUGAAGCGCACGCAACCACUGAAAGCAGUCAAUUAUAGUCACACACACACGUUGAAAAGCAGAGAAUCGGACGUGCAAAAUUAUUUCGGAAUUCAAAUCCAAUAGCCAAAAUUCAGUUAUCAAAAGAAUUUGUGAUUUGUGAUAGACAACAACAAAUGCAAACAUAGUUAUUUGUGUAAUUCCCCUAACUGCAAGAGACCUGAAAAGCCGCGCUUGAGCACCAAGUUGUUUGAAGAAACUAUUAAAUAAGCUAAACAGACUAAAGACUGCUCAAAACAGCAAAUACAGAAACAGUUCAGAGCGUUGUAAAAAUGGUUUCACAGUGGCAAUUAAUCAAUAAAAAUUAUAAAAAUAUGGACGGUUAUAAGCGCGUUGCUUGGCCGCCCGUAUCCGAGGAGCGCGUUGUUAGGGAAUUCACGCCCCAACCAACCUCUGGCCACUACCCGGUGUCAGGCUCGCUACCACAACAGCCAGGACAACAGCAGCAGCCACAACACUUGCAGCAGCAGCAGCAGCCACUUCAACAGCAACAACAACAGCAGCCAGCUGCGCCAGCCAACCAGGGUAUCAUUUAUAAUAACGUCAGCCGUGGUGUUCGCGAUAGCACAUCUCAUCCUUAUAUACAACCACAACAAUAUCAUCAGUCGCAACAGUCGCAACAACAACCCAUACAAUAUACCCAAGCACAAUUUAACCGCCAACCCUCACAUGAGCCAGCUGGUUCACCAUAUGGACAACCUUUAAGCGACCAGUACGGACAGCAGAAACCGGCCUCACACUACCCAACGCACAACUACCCCAUUGAACAGCAACAACCUGAGCAACAAUAUGAACCGAAUACCUCAGCUGGUUGGAGACCUAUCCACCCGCCUGUGCCUAAGGCGCGCAGUGAAUUCCUAGCAAAUCCUGUAGGUGACACACCAUUUUAUCCUAGCCGGAGCCAACAAGAUCCAUCUACACCACAGUAUCGUGCAACAUCUUACGAUCAAUAUCAAGCGCCACCGCAGGCACAAAAAUAUCCGCCUCACCAGGGGUCGCAACCUCCUUACGCUCAGCAGCCCUACUCGCAGCCGCAGCAACAGCAGCAACCGUCUUGGGCGCAUAAUCAACCUGCCCAACAAUAUCAACCGGUUCAGGCGCCUUAUCAACAGAGACCUCCGCAGCAACAAUAUCAGGCAGCUCCUCCAUCUAAUUAUCAAUCGCAAGCAUAUCAUCAAACUCCUCAACAACAACAACAACCCCAACAAUAUUCGACUGUACCACAAUCCAAUCAAUAUAAUUCUUAUCCACAGCCUCAACACGUUGGUCAGGAUCAGCCCGAUCACCAAGCACAGAAUUUGCCACAAGAUUACCGCGGCGGAAGUCCCGGAAUUAUAACGCUGCGCAAGGAGGCACCCGUUACGCAAAAGCCAGCCCCUGUUUACAACGCACAACCAGCGACCGUUAGCUUUCAAGGAGGCAGCAACAUGCGCGGAGACUUGAAGUGGCCACCGCCAGAAUAUAAAGAAGCCGCAAUACGCGAAAAUGAAGAACGGCGCCAACUGGCCCUGGGACCAGUAUGCCGCCCACGGAAAGUCAAUCGCGAUUACACAACAUUCUUCGCCAAGAACGCGCUGAACAGCUACUACCCCAGCUACAAGACACCACCAGGCACACAACACAUGUUCGCCUAAAAGGUAUGAACACCAGAUUGCUGAACCCUCGAAACAAAUAAAUGAAACAAUUUCGCAAAAAACAAUAUAUCACAAAAAAUUAAAAAAAAAAAAUCAAUAAAAAACAAAAAUACAUUGGAAAAUGACGAAAAAAUGUAAUUAACUGUACAUUAUAACGAAAAGAGACAUCAACUAAUCACGAACUAACCAAACGGAGCAUUGAAAAGCAGAAAAAAAUAUACUACGUCAAAUUUACACUAACGAAUUUUGUUCUCAAAUCUGUACAUGGAUAAUCGAGAUGUGUAGGGAUAGGUUAGCCCUUUACCCAUAACGAAGUGCUUGGGAAUGUGUGAGUCUACGAGUUCGUCGGCUGUUCGUUUGUGCUCAACGAAGCGGGGGUACGUUAAAAACUGCAAAAUGAUACACGGUAUUCUACAGCUACAACAACUACGCGUGCCACUGGCCUUUGAACACGCCCGCAACAGCGAGAACCCAGCGGCCAAUGCAUUCAAAAAUCGAUGUUCUCACAUACACAUUGUGUGUAUGUGAUAAUUUUCUGUUAAAUUAGAAUUAUUUAUUUUCGUUCUACAAUGAAUUCGACUGGCACCAUUCGCACAUGUACUGCGUGUGUGGAAUGGGCCAUGUGAGCAUUGAUUUAUUUGGAAAAAAUUUGAUUUUUAGUUGUAAGUGAACAAACGACGCCCACUCGAUGUAAAUUAGUUUUGCAUACAUAAAUACUUGGAAACCUGCCUAAGAUGAACUCCAUCUUAGCACGUUGGCGCAGAACUACAAAAACGUUUCACGAAAACCCGACGCCAACAUGAAAUGAGUUUUCAAACUAAAUCAAAUGAAAAUACAAAACUGAAAACUGCAAACUAGCAAAAUACAAAAAUUCUGAAGCGAACUACGGCAUAUGGAUGAUGGUUAUACGAUUUUGACAAAACGGAAACAUUUUAAAUUUUAUUUAAAAAAUGCUUCUUCGAAAGCAAAGAAGUUGUAAUUUAUUUUAAUUGAUAAUGUGUUUAUUAAUUUAGUUGCAUAAACUUGCAACAUGCAGAUUUUUAAUUUUGUUUCAUUUAAAAUUGUUAUUGCAUAGAAAAUACAAAAAAAAAUACAUAAAACAAUAAUUAAUAUAUUAAUUAAUGGAAUAUAUAUUAAAUAUUAGUUUUCUCCAAUUAUUAUUAAGGAAAAGAGCAUACCUAGCGUAUAAAUAUAUAAUACAUAUAUAUAUAGAAACAGUCACACCAACAACAAACUGUUGCAGACCCUAGUUGUAAGAGUAGCAAAACGCAAAACAAAAUUAUUUUAGUAAAAUGUAAGAAUAGGAGCAGUGUACAUUCAGGCAACAAAAACCAUGUUGCAUGAUCGGAAAUCACUAAGAUAUAUUGAAACUUGUGAAAGUUAUGUAACAAAUACUUAUAUAUGAGAAUACAUAGAAAGUUCACAUGAUGACUACAUAUGUGCAUCUAUCAGAGGUGUAAGUCAAUAAAUCUUACGUAUAAUUCAUGAAAUCACUUUACCUCAGUGCACACACUUUGCGCCAUUAGGCUGGUUAACUGCGGCAAGUGGGCGCUCGCUUCUCAGGCUAUAACUAUUUAACAACGAGGAUGCCAUUAUAGCCUUUGGGCGGCGCCGGCUGGCCCCGGGUUCCCACGCAUGGUUGCACCAAUGUGAUAUUGCACUGAUCAUUUAUGAUAUUUAACCAUUUAUGCGAAUAUAAAUACAUAUAUACACAUAAAAUAUGUAUGUAUUUGUAUGUCAUUAUAACUCGAACCGACUACCGGCAAAUUCGUACUGGCUUUACGACUCGAUUAUGACAAAAAAUCACUGAUUUGAAAGAAAAUCACACGACGUACUUCCAAACGGAAGGAGUACGCACACAUAGAGAAUGGUUUGUUUCGCCACCAAAUCAUUUAAUAUGAAAAAAUCGGAAAAUCAAAAAAAAAAAAAAUACAAAAAUAUGCCAAUAAUACUACAUCUGCAAACAUUAUUAUCCAUAUAUAUAUAGUAUACACACACCUGAUAUCGAAUUGGCAACAUAAGUCAUAAAUGUGUAAUUUUACUAAAAAAAACGGAGAGCUCGACGAGCUCUUCAAAAUUCAGUGUUUUGCUAAAUUGGCAUAAAAGAUAACCCCAACAUUUUAUUGUUCAUAAUAUUGUAUUAUCUAACUCGACAAUUAACAGUACAUUGUAAAAGAUGUGAUUAGUUGAUGGAUUAAGAAGGUACACAACUACAUUAGAAUAAAACUUGAUGAAAUCAAAUAAAUGUAAAUUUGUACAUCUCUCUGACCAAACGAA